AUGUCUACUGACGAUCGUUCGAACAUCAUCAGUUCUCCCACUGCUCUGGCUGAACUUGCUACCAGGAUUGCCUCACGGCUGGCGCAGACUCCCAUCAGCACAAUUGAACUACAGCUACUUGCACCUCUAAGCACAGAGAGUAUGCUUUCGAGAUGUCUCAACGAUGAGGAAAGUGUCCGAAGUCACAGCUACGGUCCCACAACAGUCAAGAAAGACGCUAUACAGGUCCUCAGCCUGAGACCACUUUUCGUAGCCUGGCGCAAGGCUUGGGUGACAUUUCCUUCGGAUGCUGCUCAGCACUUUGUCUUCAGAAUCGAGCUUCCUACCUCGAUUGUGCAGGAUGCUUGCACCGAUUCGCGGAUAUAUUGGAGAAAUAAUGUACCCGAGAGUGGUGGAUUGGUCGUCUUCGGCGACACGUUGGGCCAGUUUGUUGUAGUACUCGCCUCGUUGAUGAGAAGGAAGAGCAAGAGACUUCCGAGAUUCAGUCUCAUUUGGGCGGACGAGAAUGUAGCCUUGCGUCCUCAAGACAUACCAAAGUACAAGGCCGCCUCCGAAGGCUUAAACGAUGUUCUCAAGAGACUCUCCGCUUCAUCUGACAGCGACGAGACGCCCGACAUCUCUGGUCGUGGAGCACAAGAUGCCCCAGGCGUCACCAAUGAGGUUGAAAGAGCUGUGUGGAGACUUGAUAUCAAUACUACCACCUCCCUCUUCUAG